CGGAGCGGCGAGGUUUGAAAACUGAAGGAACUAACCAACCAACGGCCACGUCACUUUCUUUUUCAUAGUAUAAGUUUACACAUCGUCACUUCCAAUCUCAUUUUUCUCUUCUUCUUCUUCUUCAACGCAUUUUCCAGGUUCGGAUGAAGGAAAAUGGGGUCUCGGGGGAGGGGAAAUAAGCCUAGUAAGCCUUUGAAGGAAUCAAGAACAUCUAAUUCUCUAUCAGAUUCCAUGCCUGCCAUGAAAAAGAAUUCUGAGCUGACUCAUUUUGGAGCUAUAUUCAACAAGUUGGUGAAGGAGCUUAAGGAGCCUGUUGUUGAUUUUGAACUUCCAGAUUGUUUUCAUAAGUCGAAGGCAAUGGAGUAUAUUCAUAUAAAACGCAAUAUAUAUCUCACUAAGAAGUUCAAGAGACGGUUUGAUGAUGAUGGCAUAUUUUGUUCCUGUUCAUCUGAAUCUCCACCUGUAUGUGGUAGAGAUUGCCACUGUGGGAUGCUUCAAUCUAGUUGCUCCUCAGGCUGUAACUGUGGGAGCUUAUGUCUUAACAAGCCAUUUCAGAGUCGCCCUAUAAAAAAGAUGAAGUUGGUUAAGACUGAGAAAUGUGGUUCUGGAAUUGUCGCGGAUGAAGAUAUCAAGCUUGGGGACUUUGUUGUUGAGUAUGUUGGAGAAGUUAUUGAUGACAAAACAUGUGAAGAAAGGCUUUGGAACAUGAAACAUCGUGGGGAAACAAACUUUUACCUAUGUGAAAUCAAUCGAGAUAUGGUGAUAGAUGCAACAUAUAAGGGAAACAAGUCAAGAUAUAUCAAUCAUAGCUGCUGCCCCAAUACUGAGAUGCAGAAAUGGAUAGUUGAUGGUGAAACACGAAUUGGCAUAUUUGCAACGCGUGACAUACAAAAGGGCGAGCAUCUGACUUAUGAUUACCAGUUUGUUCAGUUUGGUGCAGAUCAAGAUUGCCAUUGUGGUGCUGCUGGGUGCAGGCGUAAGCUAGGUGCUCGACCUACCAAGCCUAAAAUGUCUUCAGAUGCUGCAUUAAAAUUAGUUGCAUAUCAGUUGACUAACUGUGGGCUUCUAUCUGGAAAGGUUUGUCAGAAUGGAGGCUUGCAAAUCGGAAGUUCUCGUGUUGACAAAUCACUGUGCAUACACAAUUGCAUUGGUAAUAUUGUUAUGAUAAAACAGCUAGGAAAUGCGAGGUUUGGGCAUAUUUUACGGUUCGAUAAAUAUUCCCGAAAACACUCGAUCCUGUUUGAGGAUGGCUGUGUUGAGAUUUAUGAUAUGUCAAAAGAAGAUUGGGAACUUGUGAGAUUGUGAUGCUACUUUUGGGGUAGGAAUACUUGUAAAAGGAAGUGAAAGUUGGAGGCAUAUUAUUCUUUCUUUGGAUGUGCAAUUGUGCAUACUGCAUACUUGUUGUAGUUGCUCUGAUCAACAGAGAAUACGAGGCGGGAUUGAUUAACACAAAGCAUUACUGAUUGAAAAAGCAUCAACAAAAGUUGCUUUUGUUUUCCAUUGACAAACUACCACGCAAGACUAAAAGAUAGUUCAAAGCAGGGAAAUAAUCCUUAUAUUAUAUCUUGCAAAUCCAUCCUUGUUGUAGUGUAAAAUAAGGAUUCAAUUUGUUCCAUCAACGUGGAAUUGUGCAAUAGGUGUAUCAAGUAUAUUAUUUUACUUUCAUUCUUUUAAAUGGAUGCAUCAAUGCAGGAAUGCUUGUAUCCAAUUCAUAAAUGCCGCUUACACUUGUAUUUGUAAUUCUACGAGUCCUAUUUGUAUUUGUAAAUGUGUGAUUUUGUUUUGUUUAAUUUCUAUUCAUCAUUACUCUAUGGCCAAGGCUUUGUAAUGCAUGGAUGUUCAAAUUGUUUAUGUCUAGAA